CCAUCGGUGCUGUCUUUGCCUCCCCCUCCUCUCCUCAGGCCGCCAUGAGCCUGCAAUGGACGGCGGUCGCCACCUUUCUCUAUGCCGAGGUCUUCCUCGUCCUCCUGCUCUGCAUCCCCUUCGUGUCCGCGGCCAGAUGGCAGAAGAUCUUCAAGUCGCGCCUGGUGGGGCUGGCCGUGGCGUACGGCAACACCGUCUUCAUCGUCCUCAUCGUCAUCCUCGUCCUCCUGCUCUUAGAUGCCUAUCGGGAGACCCAUAAGUACGACGUGACGGACCGGGAGGCCCUGCGGAGCAGCCCCGGCGCCCUGGAGCACUUCCACAUGAAGCUCUUCCGCGCUCAGCGCAACCUUUACCUGGCCGGGUUCGCGCUCCUGCUCUCGUUCCUCCUCCGCCGCCUCGUCACCCUCAUCUCGCAGCAGGCCCUGUUGGGUGCCUCCAGCGAGGCCUUCCGCAAGCAGGCCGAGGGGGCCAGCCAGGCCGCCCGGCGUUACAUGGAGGACAACGAUGCCCUACGGAAGCAGCUACAGGAGGCGGGGGGCGAUGGGGGUGGUUCCUCCCCUACCCAAGAUGAGAAUGAGACGCUCAAGGCCAAGGUGGAGAAGCUGAAGGAGGAGCUGGCAGCCAGCAAGCGCACCCUGGAGAAGGCAGAGAACGAGGUCCAAGCCAUGAGGCGCCAGGCAGAGGGGCUGACCCGGGAAUACGACCGCUUGCUGGACCAACACGCACGCCUGCAGGCAGCCCAUGAUGGCCCUCGGGACAAAAAGGAGGAGUGAAUGGACCAGGCACGCACCCCAAGACCUGGGGCAGGACUCAAAGGUGUUU